CAUUUUGCUGUGUUCCAGGGGGAGCUGGUGACAUUUUAUUACUACUGGAAGAAAACUCCGGAAGCUGCCAGUUCCCGAGCACAUCGCAGACACCGCAGACAGGCUGUGUUCAGGAGGAUCAAAACUCGCACAGCAACAACACCAGUGAAUCCUUCUCGACCGCCGUCUGGUGAAUUCUUGGAUCUGAGCUCUGCCAGCGAGGAUGACUUUGACAGCGAGGACAGCGAGCAGGAGUUGAAGGGUUACGCCUGUCGUCAUUGUUUCACAACUACCUCCAAAGAUUGGCACCACGGAGGGAGAGACAACAUACUGCUGUGUACAGAGUGUCGCAUUCACUUCAAGAAGUACGCGGAAUUGCCGCCGAUCGAGAAGCCAGUGGACCCGCCACCAUUUAUGUUUAAACCAGUCAAGGAGGAAGAAGAUGGUCUGAGUGGGAAACAUAGCAUGAGGACCAGAAGAAGUCGAGGCUUGAUGUCUUCACUGCGUAGUGGUCGUAAAAAGCUGACAGCCAGUCCUGACGGUAGAACCUCACCUAUCAAUGAAGACAUCAGGUCCAGUGGGCGUAACUCUCCCAGUGCUGCCAGCACAUCCAGUAAUGAUAGCAAAGCAGAAUCUAUGAAAAAACCCAGCAAGAGGUCCAAGGAUGACAUAUCGUCCCCAUCGAAGAAUGCCAAACGCCAAAGAGAGAAGACUGCCUCUGACACUGAAGAGCCGGAGAGAUUGAUUGCAAAGAAAUCCAAAACACAGGAGAUCAGCAGGCCAAAUUCCCCGUCGGAAGGCGAGAGCUCCGAUAGCCGCAGUGUCAACGAUGAAGGGAGCAGCGAUCCCAAGGACAUCGACCAGGACAACCGCAGCACGUCGCCCAGUAUCCCCAGCCCGAGGGACAACGAGAGCGACUCCGACUCCUCCGCCCAGCAGCAAGUCUUGCAGUCGCAGCCCCCGGUGCAUCAGGCGCCGUGCGCCGGGCUGCCGCCAUUGGAAUCGCCGCAGAUGCCGCCUCCGGUGGCCUGCUCAGCUGCCUCGCUCGCUCAGCAGCUCUCCCCAGUCUCCCAGCCCCUGAGCCAGACACCGAUCCACUCCCUGAUCCUGCCCGCCCCACAAGUGCACCCCCAGAGGCUCCCGUCCCCGCACCCUCCCGUGCAGCAACUGCUGCAAACCCAGUCGCAGCCGCUGCCCCAAUCCCAGCCUCCCCUCCACGCCCAGGUCCAGCCUUUGCCGCAGCACUCACUGCAAGCUCAGCCUCACAUACAGCUUCCGAUGCAGGGCCCGCCUUUCUCCCUUGCCGUUCAGGCCUCACAGGCGUCAGCCCAGGCGGCUUCCGCCCACCCCCAGCCACACGCUCCCGCCCCAACGCAGCCGCAGCUCCUGCCGCCCCCGCAAACGCAGCAACAGGCCCAGCCCCCCCGGGAGCAGCCUUUGCCGCCGGCCCCCGGGGCGAUGCCCCACAUCAAGCCGCCCCCCACCACUCCCAUCACCCCCAUCUCCAACCCGCAGUCGCACAAGGCCCCGCCUCACCACUCUGGACUCCCGCCGUUCCCGCAGAUGCCUUCGAACCUGCCGCCCCCUCCGGCUCUCAAGCCCCUCAGCUCCCUCUCGACGCACCACCCUCCCUCCGUGCACCCGCCCCCGCUGCAGCUCAUGCCUCAAACUCAACAGAUCCAGCCUCCUCCUGCCCAGCCCCCGAUCCUCACCCAAGCUCAGAGCCUCCCAGCCACGGCUGCGCACCCCCCGGCGCCAUCCCACCAGGUCCCCUCCCAGCCCCCGUAUCCCUCGCACUCGUUCAUCCCCACGGGGCCUCCUGCGAUGGCAUCUCCAGCGGCACCUGCUCCAGCCACGUCGAGCGUGGCCUCCGUGCCCACCAUUCAACCCACCCCGGCCGCUGUGGCCUCUGUGGCGUCCGCUGGGAGCUCGGCCUGCGCGGUCUCCGCCCCGUUGGCGAACAUUCAGAUUAAAGAGGAGAUCCAAGAGGAGCCGGAGGAGCCCGACAGCCCCCCGCCACCUCCCAACAGGAGCCCGUCUCCAGAACCGACGGUUGUUAGCACACCAAGCCACGCCAGUCAGUCAGCCAGGUUCAUCAAACAUUUGGACCGUGGCUACAAUUCCUGCGCGAGGACAGACUUGUACUUUGUACCGCUGCAAGGCUCCAAGCUGGCCAAGAAACGAGAGGAAGCAGUGGAAAAGGCCAGGCGAGAAGCUGAGCAGAAAGCAAGAGAGGAGAAGGAGAAAGAGAAGGAAAAGGAAAAAGAGAGGGAGAGAGAACGGGAACGGGAGAGGGAGGCUGAGAGGGCCGCGAAAGCGUCAAGCUCUUCCCACGAGGCCCGCCUGACCGAAGCUCAGCUCGUCGGGUCGGCCCACAUGAGACCUUCGUUCGAGCCCCCGCCCACCACCAUCGCGGCCGUCCCUCCCUACAUCGGACCGGACACCCCGGCUUUGCGGACACUCAGCGAGUACGCGAGGCCCCACGUCAUGUCGCCCACGAACCGGAACCACCCCUUUUUCGUCCCACUGAACGCCUCCGACCCCAUCCUGGCCUACCACAUGCCGAGCUUGUACAGCGCCGACCCAGCCAUGAGGGAACGGGAGCUGCGCGAGAGGGAGAUCCGCGAGCGGGAGAUUCGCGAGAGGGAGUUCCGUGAAAGGAUGAAGCCCGGCUUCGAGGUCAAGCCGCCCGAACUGGACGGCCUGCACCCGGCGGCUAACCCCAUGGAUCCGUUUGGACGGCACGGCACAUUGACAAUCCAGCCCCAAGCAGGAGCUCACCCCUUCCCACCGUUCCACCCCGGACUGAACCCGCUCGAACGAGAGAGACUCGCGCUGGCCGGGCCCCAGUUGCGGCCUGAAAUGUCUUACGCUGAUAGACUGGCAGCUGAGAGGAUACACGCAGAGCGCAUGGCAUCGCUGGCCAACGACCCCCUCGCCCGGCUGCAGAUGUUCAACGUAACCCCCCAUCACCACCAGCAUUCACACAUACAUUCUCACUUACACCUACAUCAGCAAGAUCCACUACACCAAGGUACAGGAGGUGUGCAUCCCCUCGUGGAUCCCUUGGCGGCCGGGCCUCAUUUGGCUCGCUUCCCCUACCCACCAGGUGCAAUACCCAACCCACUGUUGACCCAGGGUCCCCACGAACACGAAAUGCUCAGGCAUCCGGUCUUCGGGACACCGUACCGAGACCUGCCAGGCGCCAUCCACGCUCCCAUGUCAGCCGCCCACCAGCUGCAGGCAAUGCACGCCCAGUCUGCAGAGCUACAGAGAUUGGCCAUGGAACAACAGUGGCUGCACGGACACCAUCACAUGCACGGAGGCCCUCUUCCCGGCCAAGAAGACUAUUACAGUCGGCUGAAAAAAGAGAGCGACAAGCCACUAUAAACCCCCGAAGGGCCCAUUCACUGGGAACAGAGGCCAUUUCGAACAGUUCUUUGGAAGGAACUUAACAUUUCACUCUGGCAUCCUGCAAGGAUGAGGAAAAAAAAGAGAGAGAGAGAGAGAGAGAGAGAGAGAGAAAGGGAGGAG